AUUAUCCGUUAUCCCAAGAAAAAUGCAAUUGCAUCUAAACCCAUAUUUAUUUUUAUUUGCCGCCGCCGCCGCCACCACCCCUCUCUGUGACAAUGGCUACUCUCACGACCAGCCACCAGCCACCGCAAUCGGCUCAAACCCUAACCCUAGACUCCCUUCCCCUCAUAGACCUUGCUUCUCUAUCCCAAUCGGAGCUCCAGGCCCUCUCCCUCUGCUCUCCCACUGCCUACGAUCUCCGCCACACAGACGACCUCGUGAUCCCGUCCAUCGACGCUUCCGUCUUCAAUGAGUCUGCUGGGUCUCAUCGCCAGACCUUCUCACGCCCCUCCCCCAAUGAUCACCACUAUCACCAUCAUCAUCCCCUUCGACACCGCCUCCCUGGUCUCCUCCCAGUCCCCAAACCACCCCCUUCUUUCUCUUCUCUCCAUGAUCCCGAAACCCUCGAAAAUCGUUCCAUUAUCUCUGCCCUCAAAAGCUCCCUGAAAUCUCACCCUGAAUUCGCGGACCUCAACUUCACUUCCCCUCCUGCGUCUCCGGCAUUGAAGGAUACAAUGGUGAAUUUUGAAAUGAAAGAUACAAUGGUGAAUUUCAAGGACACACUGAUUACUCUUGGGAAGAGGAAGAGGGGAAGAAAGCCGAGGGCAAAGGUGGGGAUCUCUGUGGAGGAGAGGGAGCCGGGCUUAGAGAUUGUGAAUAAAAACGGAGUGGCUGUGGAUUUGGAAAGGUUGGGGUCUCUGGAGGACCCCUUCGGUGAAGAGCUGAGGAGGAGGACUGAAGGAAUGGUGGGAAAUGAGGAGGCGCUGUUGGGGUUCAUGAGAGAUUUGGGUGGGCAGUGGUGUAGCAGGAGGAGGAAGAGGAAGAUUGUAGAUGCUAACAUAUUUGGGGAUGCAUUGCCUGUUGGUUGGAAGCUUUUGUUAGGUCUGAAGAGGAGGGAAGGUCGUGCAUCAGUCUAUUGCCGCAGAUAUAUAAGUCCUGGUGGUCGACAUUUUUUAUCAUGCAAGGAAGUUUCCACAUAUUUACAAUCCUACUUUGCAGUCCAUGAUGCAGACCAACCACAAGGUGGUGGGGAUAUUGAACAGGUCAAUGAAAUUGGUUCUCAUGCAGGUGCUAGUCACAAGGAUGAUGAUCAAAGGCAAUCUAAUGAACAUCAGACGGAAGGCAUGUUAUUGGAGAUGGAUAACCUGGCAGAUGUUCAAAUACAUGACCUUUUUGAAUGUCAUAAAUGCAACAUGACAUUUGAUGAUAAGGAUACAUAUUUGCAGCACCUUUUGUCAUUUCACCAGAGAACUACAAGGAGGUACAGACUUGGAUCUUCUGUUGGGGAUGGUGUUAUUGUUCGAGAUGGAAAAUUUGAGUGUCAGUUCUGUCAUAAGGUAUUUCAAGAAAGACGCCGAUAUAAUGGUCAUGUAGGGAUCCAUGUUCGGAAUUUUGUGAGAGGAAUUGAGGACUCUCCUGGUCAACUAACUACUCAAAAAAGAAUUGAAGGUCCAAGUAAGGAAGUGCCUGCAAGGAUUUCUAGAAUGGAUGCUUUAAUUGAAAUUGCACAGAGCUCCAUUCUUGAGACUACCAAUGAUGAACUGAAUGCUGUAAGUGUGCAUGAACCCAAUAAUGAGUCAAGUCCUGAUAAACUGGAUGUGGUUUCUAAACCUGAGGUUCCUGUUUCCAAUUAUGAUCCUGAACUGAACUCAGAAUCACCAGUAAGUGAAACAGAAACGGAAGAUGACAUGAUUGACCAAUCUUCAGACCAAGACUUAUUAUAUCAACAGAAGACGUUGCAUGUUAUCAGUGAUGAGAAGAUGGAGAAGAUUGAUGAUCAUAGCAAUAUUGAACAGAUAGAUUCUCAUCUUGAUUCUACAAUUUCUCUAUCUACCAACAUACGGAAUGACAGUACAACUGAAACUUCUGGCAAAAAAGAUGGUUUAGCAUUAAAUCCUGGUGUACUUGACAAGUCUGUUGAACAGGAAGGACGUUCUGAUGCCCACUUGCUUGCUUCAUCUAUGGAUAUUCAGGAUGAUAUCAGUUCAGUUCCUAACACUAAAAUGCAUCCUAAACCCGAUGAACUGGAUAGUAGUAAAAGUAUUGAGUUACAUUUUGGUUUUGAAAGUUACAAUAGUGGCCCAACUAAUGACGUUGGAAUGGAGAUUGGACAUCAAACAUCUGAAGAAAAUGUACCUCAGAGUGAAGUGCCUGAAUCUUCAGUAUCCUUGUUGCAUCAACCAAAUGUUAUACCAGCAUCUAUUACCUUCUCAGAUAAGGGAGAAGAUGGUUUAUGCAGUAGUGAUCAAAGGCAUGACAAUGCAUCAGGAUUUGAUGAGGACCUGAGGUUGGAUGACAUGGAGCAGUUUAAAUUCAGUUUAGCUGGGCAGGAAUCUCCCUCCUUGCCUGAGGUGCCAAUAGAUUUAGCAACCAGUACUGACAUAGGAGGCCCAUAUGGCUCCUCCAUUCAGUUUGAAUCAGAAGUUGCAUUGAAUACAGCCCCAGGACAUCAGCUCACAACUGUUUGUGUAUGGUGUGGGGUAGAGUUCAACCAGGAUAACAUUGAUUCUGAUCUACAAUCAGAUUCUGUUGGUUAUAUGUGUCCAACCUGCAAGGCCAAAAUUCCUGGAUAACUCAAAUCAUGAGAUGAUGGCUGAGCCAUGAAUUUUCAGUGGCUUUGAUGAAGGAUUUAUUCUGACACACUUCAGUUUGAGAACAAGAAUCCCAUAAUGUGAGGUAAUUCCUUCAUUACCAUUCAUAAAAUAUAAUUUUAGUUGGUAAUUUCUGUUCCUUAAUGCAUGUUGUGUCAAUAUGAACUGGUGUGGCUAGAAAUCAGAGUAAACACUUAUCUUAUCCUGUUGGUCGUCCAAAAGAAAAAGAAAUAUCUUAUCCUGUUUUUUUGUUAAUACCAUCUUUAAUAAUCUCAUCCAACUUUAAAUGGAUAACAUAACCUUGUUAUAGUUUACUGCGGAAGUAGCAUGAGACCUUGUUCAACUAACGUGAUGUUGCAUUUUCUUUCAUGCAUAGCUUUUCAUCACAGUGCAUUGUAAGGUAUGUUGAUGUAUUUUUAGUAUGGAUGUUACUCUUUCGAGCAUUGAUGUUAGCCAAAUUUGGUAAUCUAUGAUUUGUCAUCAUGGCUUGAAUUGAGUGGGGUCUGUUUGGAAUUGAAUGUUAUUGUGUUGUGCCCUGCAUAAGAAUUAUUACUUCAAGUAUACAAAAGAUUAGUUGAAAUCACUUUAGUUAUGAUAAAUUAGCAUUUUUUAGUAUUGCAUGAUUGUGCGGAAAAGCAUUGUGAAUGCAAUUUCAAAAGAAUCUAUUUAGGCCUUCUGUAUGUGGUAGGUCGCUUUUGCCUUCGUAUGGAAUUAUUCUCAAUGAAAAUUGUAUAACUAUAAUGUCAUUCAGCAUUAUAAGCUUAUAACAUGAUAUGUUAUUAUAUAAUUAAUUCUUUUUACACAGGGAUCCGUAUCACUUCAUUAUAAGCCUAUAACAUGAUGUGUUUUUAUAUAAUUGAUUCUUUUCACUUAUGAAUUCAUCAAUAACAUUGUAUGUCAUAU